AUGUGCUUCUUCAAAGAAAUAAGUAUAGAGAGGUUUGUGGUCCUCCUGUAUUUCACUUUAUCCAUCACUAUCUCAUCUGGAGCCGACACCAUAUUUGCAAACCAGUCUCUGUCUGGAGACCAUACAAUCAUAUCCAAAGGUGGACAGUUUGAACUUGGUUUCUUCAAAGCAGGUGACUCUUCCAACUAUUACAUAGGCAUCUGGUAUUAUAAGAAGCUCUAUUCGAAUCCUUCUAUUAUAGUUUGGGUGGCAAACAGAGAAACAUCCAUCUCUGAUAGAUUUCGUUCAGAACUAAAAAUCAUUGAUGGUAGUUUGGUGCUCUUGAAUGACUCCAUGUCCCAGAUUUGGUUGACAAAUGUCACAUUCACCACCACCAUUUUGAACUCUGCAACAACACUUAUUCAUGAUGAUGGAAACUUAGUUUUGAGAGACUCUGGUUCAAAUUCAGUUGAACCUUUUUGGCAAAGUUUUGAAAACCCAACUCAUACUUGGUUGCCUGGUGCUAAACUUGGGUAUACUAAUAUAACAAAAAAGCGCCAGUUUCUUACAUCACAAAGAACCAAUGAAGAUCCUAUAGCCUCCUACAUCCUCCUUACAUUUGAAGAUGGCUACCAACAUAGUAAACCCAAGUGGGUUUAUGAUUUUCAUGAUGAUGAAGAUUGUUGGUGUCUAUCAGCGUAUCGUAUUUUCUUGUAUAGUUAUUGA